GGCUCGUCUAUCGGCGUGUCACUCAUCCAGCCGCCAGCAUGUGACUCUCGUGCGUCGUAGCACCAGACAAACAAGUAGCUCGUUAGCAACAUGGCCCCGCCCCGCACUCACAGAUAGACGUGUCGUGUGGCCGUGAUGGCCUGUCGGCACCGCGGACACAGCCGCUCGGCCACUGGUUUGGACAUCAAGGCCGUCGCACACGCACCGCACAAACAGAAGUGACGCUGCACACACUCAAACACACAUACAUGUGGGCAGCGCGUGGUGCCUGUGAGUUGGCUUACGCAGGGAAUGAGUACGAUGGACUUCUUUUCGGCCAUGCAGAUGUCACACUCAGUGCUCUCGCGCUCCUCCUCCAGCCUGCAGACAGCAAACCACCCACCCAUCAGACGCUCAUGAAAGAGGGGUAUGCAACCACUGCACUGCAGGUGUGUGGGGUCUCCUCACGUACCUCUUCUUCUCCCUUUCUAUGGCCUCCUUCUCCAGCCGCAUGGCCUCGAGCUGCUGGCGCAGCGCAUCCAACUCACUAACCUCCCCACCACACCUGCUCUCACGCAGCCACACAUGGAGGGAGGGGUAGGCACAGUGACCGUUGUCUGUCUGUCUGUCCAUCGAUACGUACCUGCCUUGACCACUGCGGCCCUCCACCUCCACCGCCCUCUCCAACGUGCUACUGCUACUGUCCCCGGCUGCCAAUGGGGCGAGGCCAUGCUCGUCAGAGCCACCACGGCUACUGGAUGGUGCUGGUGUGGGUGUGUGUCGGUUGGGAGACCGGGAGGGCGGGACGGCCGGGCGGGGAGCCAGAGGGAAGAAAGGCGGCGCAUGGUGGGGCCCGCCAGACACAGACGAGUGCGAUGAGGAUGGCCGCGUCGACUCGGAAGAAGACGAAGACGGGAAGACUCUCGAGCUGAACACACAAGCACACCGGAGUUGUCCCUGCUCAGUGACUGUGGUGGAGUGCUUUAGUCGGCCUUACUUGUUGUUUGCUUCGUCAGCUGUGUUGGUCUGCUGCUGCUGCUGCUGCUGCAGUGCAUUGCCGCCUUUGCCGCCCUUCUUCUUGCGGCCGACCGUGAUGAACCCGCCGCCACCAUCGCCACCACCACCCGUUCCUUGCUGCUGCCCACUGCCGCCCCCCACCGAAGCAGAGCUUCCACCAGACACAGCCGACGGCACCGAUGCAGACGAUGAGAAUGAGCAUGAGGGUCGGGGAGGGGAGGGGGGCGACGGGCUGGGGGGACCUGGAAGGCCAUGGUGGUCUUCUGCGUCCUCAUCGGGCUGCUCGCUGUGGUCUUCGGAUGUGCCAAUGGCACCACAGCUGUCGAUCGGCACACACAGACACACACGCAUUCCCUUCACUUUUGUGGAUGCGCUCUUUCCCUAUCUGGCGGUCACCUGGAUGGUGAUGCCGACUCCUUGGUAGAGGCUCCCUUGCCGCCCCUCUUGCCCUUGGACCUCUUCUUGACGCCCUUGCUGUCGUUGGUGUCCUCGGCCCCCUCCUGUGUGCCCUCAAUGUCAAGCUCUGCGAUGAUCUUCUCGGCCCGCUCGUUGGCCGCACUCUCGAUCUCGUCAAACAAGUACAACAACUGACACACAACACGUACAAUGGAUGGACACUGCCCGUGUGAGCCGUCACGUGGGCAUCAUGAAUGUUCCACCUUCUUGGGCACUGUUAGCUGCUCCUGAUGCUGACGGUUUGCCUUUCGUCGCCCUUUCGGCUGCCGCUCGGCUGCGCGCAUCGUCUUGACCGAGUCGUGCUGCAGGACGGCCUGGGUGACGCCAUUGGACCGGAGGACGCCGCCUCUCUUGCUGCUCACUCGGUCGCCAUAGCUGCACCGAGAAGACAUCCACACGCAUCAUCUAUCCCCCACCACAGGCGUGUGUGUGUCUGUGUACCUGACAAGUGCGCGCAGGGUUUCGACGGCGAAGUCUAUGAAGACGGCGAAGUCGAGCUGGCCGUUCUUGAUGCAGGCCAUGGCCACGUCACACAGGGCUACGGGAAGGCCGGCACGUACAGCGAUCUGUACAUGACCACCGCACCGCAGAAUGACCAUGGACGCAUCCAUCCACCCAUCCACUUUUUUAUCCAUCCGUGCUGACCUUGGCGCCCAUGUCAGUGAGGUCUGUGUCGCUUCCGACGAUCUUCUGAAGAGCGGCCGCACAGUAGGCCACCUCUUCCACUGACUGCUUGUCGAGGCGCUUGACGAUAUCCGACGCCAUCGAGAUGCAUCCAGAAGAGUACACGGCAUCACGAUGUCCACACACUGCAGACAGACAUUUAUGCAGCACACCCACAGGGAGGGAGGCAUUGGUUCAUUCACUUCCCUCCCUCCCAUGGCUCCCUCCCUCGUUUGAUUCCCUCCCUGACCGGCCACCAUCUCCAAAACAGCCAGGGGGAGCGUGCCAGUCCUAAUCGUAGAGGCAAGGGUAUUGGCGGGGCUCUUGACGGCCGCGACGUACGCCUGCAGCGCAUUGGGCGCUCUCAUCAAACGCUGGACGGGCCCGUCGGCAUCACGGAAGUACUCGACAUCUGCACAGACGCACACAAGGACGGACACACGCAUUCAGCAACUGAGGCAGGCCACACUCCCACACGGAGCGGGCCUGUCUGUCUGUCUGUCUGUCCCUCCGCCCACCAAUCUCCGUGGCACUCUUGAAAUCGCAGCAGAAGCCGAAGAUGCACUCGAGGCAGACGGCGGCCCCCCCACGCAUCCCCUUGUCUGCGGCGGAGGAUGUCAGGGUGGCCGCCAACGUGUCGACGAGGGGGUAGAUGUCCUCACGGAUGGCAGCCAGGUACACAGCACGAUCCGCGUCUGAACCCGACCCUGCGCCAGCCGACGGGCGACAGUGAGUCAGGUGGCGGAAGGAAAAGUGGUGUGAGUUUGUUGUCUGUAUGUCUGACUUUACUACAUGUACCUGUGCCGGUCACGCGGUGGAUGUGGUGGCGGACGAAUGCGGUGGCGUGCUCGAUACAGGCAGCACUGAGGCGAAGCAGCCAUAAAUGAACUGUCUGUCUGUGUGUGUGUCAUCCAUCUAUAUAGUCGCUUACAGCGCGUCCCGAGUUGCCUGGUCCUCACACGUCAGGACGCGCACGAUUACCCGGAACAUGCCCACCCACACCAGGGGAGGCACGGCAGAAGGCCCGGGGAAGGGCGGGCCGAAUGCACGUUCCCUCGAAAAGGCCGACAGCAGGAAGGUGAUGAUGGGCGACUUGCUGCACCCACCACCGGGGAUCUUGUCCAAAAGCGCCACUGCCUUGCCGAAGAUGGCGGGGUGGUGCUGUACACAGUGGUCUCGAUAGUCGGCCGCAUUGCCCUCAAUCCGGCCCUUAAUCAUGGCGCCCACCAGCAGCGCGAAUGCGACGGCCGCAACGGUGUCAUUGUCGGUGUCUGUCAGCAGUGUGGCCAGCCUGCUGAUGAACCGUUGAGGCGACCCACACAGCGGGAUAGUGUGGUGUGUAACCUCACGCACCACCUCUGCCCUAUGGUUCAGCACGGCGCACACCAGCACAUUUGCCGCGUCGUCCUGGCGGGCCGUGUCGACGCUAUCGGUGAAGGCAUCAAACACACGCUCCAGGGAUCGCCCAUUGCGGAGAUUCUUCCGCAGGGCCUCGCACCCCCCCUGGUCCAGCCUCGAGUUGCCCAGCGUCUUAAGGCUGCCCUCGACGAGAUCCUCUUGCAGCUCCUCUGGCGACGAGAGCAGACGGAUGGCCGCGUCGACGACGGAGGGCGGGGGAGGACCCAAGCUGGUCAUGACUCAGACCCCUUGGCGUGGAUCAGCCCUCAUUCAUGCCGUUAAGGAGGCUGGCCGACAACACGCGCUGCCACAUGGGAGGCCGACGCCAGAUGGAUGGCAGGAUACCAGCAGGAUACCUACAACGAGCAGCGCAACAACCCAGCAGCACAGAUAUAUAUAUGGCGCUUCUCGAUGGUUCUUUUUGUGCUUCUUUCACCUCUCACCCUCGGAAGUGGUACACAGGACCUCUGGGCGCUACUGUUAGGCUGCCGUUUUUCC